AUGAGCUACGCGGGGCCGGGCCGGGCCGCUGAAGCCGCUCCCCGUCGGGCUGGCCGGGCGCAGGUGCACGCGCGGGCCCCGGGAGGCCGGGUGCGAGCGCAGCUCUCAUCUCCAAUGUCAAGCCUCUUUCCCCUUGCUAGAUUUCACAGACUCAUCUGGGGCAGCUUUGCCAGCGGAGGAUCCGAUCCCUCAGGAGUGAUUGUAGGCAGAGGGGAUAACGGCGUGAUCACCCUGUAUGGCGCUUCUCAGCGUCUGGCUUCAGCAACCGAGCUGGCGAUUAGCCACGUGGAGAAGCACACUGGUCCCGUCCGCGCACUCGACUUCAACCCUUUCCAGGGGGCAGCCACUUCCCUUCGUCUGCGGGCUAAUCUCUCGCCGUCUCGGGCCUGCGGCCGUGUUCACCUGCCUGCUCCCAUCGCCUUGCGGCGGGGCGUCCCGUCUCUGUCCUGGUGCCAGGCAGACCCGGGCCUGCUGCUGAGCAGCGCCAAAGACAGCCGGAUCCUGUGCUGGGAUCUUUGCACCAGCGAGGUGGUCUAUGAGUUGCACACGCCCGCCCAGUGGUGCUUCGAUGUCCAGUGGUGUCCUCGGAACCCCUCGGUCUUCUCCACGGCUUCUUUUAACAGGCGGCUCGGCCUUUAUUCGGUGAUGGGCGGCAGCCUGGAGGCGCAGCAGAAAAGCCAGGCGGACAAGAUCUCCUCCUCUUUCAGUCCCACGGACCCCUUCGGCACGGGACAGAGCCUCCUGCCUCUGCCAGUGCCGGAACGUGUACGGGGAACCCCGAUCCCGCCUUUGAAAAAGCCUCCCAAGUGGAUCCGCAGACCGACAGGGGCGUUGUUCGCGUUUGGAGGUAAAUUAAUCACCUUUGGCCAUGCCGAGGCCCUUGUACAGCUGGGGGGGCAGCCAAUGAUGCCACAGCCGGUAUUUAUCAGCCAAGUCACCACCGAGGCCGAGUUCUUGGCCCGCUCCUGGCAGCUCCAAGAGGCCCUGCAGUCAGGGGGUCUUCUCGACUUUUGCCAAAAGAAGAUUGAAGCAGCUCAGGAACUGUCCGAAGAGAACAUCUGGAACUUCCUGAUGGUGAACUUGGAGCCAGAAAGCAGGACGCAACGGCUGAAGCUGCUGGGCCACAGCAAAGAAGACUUGCAAACAAAAUUUCUGACAGAGCAGCUCCGAGAUCGUCUGCGCCACGCACAGGGCGAAAACGUGGCAAAGCGGUUCCCCUCUCCUGUCGCCCACAGUCGUGCCCAUGCAGGAGCACUUCAGCCACAGUAUCCGGCAGGCAAGGGUGGCCCAGCGACCGAAGAACUUGCCCCCAAAACGGGUCUCUCUGGGCAUGCAGUCCAAGGUCCCGGCCAACUGCCAUUCACCCCACCGUCCCUCACUCGGCCCCCCCUGCCUUCACCCUACACGCCUCCGCCCGCACCAGCGAUGCCUCUGCCCAGUGUGGCCCCAGCUGCACCCAUGUCCUCCCACAGAGGAGCACCCCCGCCUUACGCCCAGCAUGGCUCUGGCGUUGCACCCGCCGCUGGACCGCCAAAGUCCGGGGGAGGCGUCGUGAUCGUGGGCCUAUAA